GAUGGCAGGCCGGUGACAAUACGCGCUGCUUCUAACUGGAGUUUUUCAAGCUUAUUUGCAUCGGCAGUUGUACAACCGUCCCAAACUUCGCAACAGUAUUCAAGCAGAGGGAGUAUAAAAAACCCAGACCAAUCGGUAGUCAUAACUGUCAACAUGAGGGGACUUUUAUAUGCAGUAACUAUUUUUGGACGACCUACUUCCGCUUACAGUACGAUGCGUGCUACUACGAGGGAAUUGAAGAAUUUCCUAACCAGCAGUAUGCAGACCAACAACACACAUGCCGCUAGCACUGUACAUGUUGUGCAAGGCAGUCCACCUACAACUGGCUCAUCUCCACCGGAUGACAAAGAUUACCAAAUUCAACAAUGUAGGGAAUCGUUUAUGAAUUGGUCACCUGCAGCUGAUGGACCUCUGGAUUUUGACGCCAUGGCUACAGCAGGAUGGUAUUAUAUAGGAGAUGGGCAUGUUAAAUCCUAUUGCUGCGGGAUUAACAUGGGGUGGAAGGUGACAGAUGAUCCCUGGACACAGCAUGCCCUUCAUGGGCCUGAAUGUUCGUUUCUUAAACAACAGAAGGGCCAAUCUUAUAUUGACAGAGUCCAAGCUGCUGCUGUUCCAUCGAAUGAAGGCGGUGAACCUGCAGAGUUGGAACAGCCUGAUUUCCCAAUGAGUCCUCAGGAUGAAGCAGAAAUCGAGGAAUUAAUGGAGGAAAUAAAAUUCCUGAAAAAAGAAAAGAACUGCUGGAUUUGCGAAGAGGAAGCUCGUAUGGUUGCUUAUAUGCCGUGUGGACAUCUGGCAUGCUGCCGAAUCUGUGACCUUGCACAGCUUAAAUGCCCGAUCUGCAAGGGACCAAUCGAGCAUAGGAUAAAUGUAUAUUUGUCGUAGGACAUGAGAAUAACCAUACCUCCGUGUCUUACAGCAAGGUAUAUUGCUUUUUCACAGACAGCUGACCUUUAACAAUGGCCAUGUGAAUUGCGUUUUUUCUUAAUUGGUUUUUGUUAAAAAUGUUUUCUCAGUUCAAUAUGUCGUUUUGUAUCCAUUUUCAAUUUGUUUGUCUUAUCUGUAUGUGUUAAAACAUUUUUUUGACAUUUUUUCUUUUGUAUUAAGUAGAUUUUUUAGAUUUUUUGUUUUUAAACUUGUCCGGAUUUAGAAUUAUAAGACUGUUUUUUUUGACAGGAAAAAGUUUUGAUCAAUCUGAAAUUGUGAUAUAAUUUGAAAUCCAUUUUGUUUAAGUUAAUAAUGUUAAUAUUGGUUUUAUUUUAAUUUAGAUUUUUUCUGACUAUGCUCCCUAUUCUAUGACAUAUCUGGCAUAGAGGUUUAAAAACAUAAUUUAUUAUUCCAAUAAGAGGUCUAUGUUUGAAAUGUAUUUCCCUUUGGCGUUGUUAAAGUUUUGAAUGUGAUGCAUAAAUGAUAUGUCUGUUUGUAUUUAUUGUUUUCCAUAUUGACCAAAAUGUUCUAGGGGUCUUCAGAAUAAUGUAUAAGUGCUGAAGGUUACAUUGACAGGUGCGAUGUGAUGUGUGUGUUAGAGUGCAGUAAGAGCGUCUGAUAUAACAUAGAGUUGUAUUACAAUAGCAUUACCUGAGCAUGUACAUAACUUAUUAGUGGUCGUUUUCAGGGAAUAAUUAUUUCAAGUAUUUUAUUGUUAUCAGAUUUUACUGUCAGAGGUAUUUGCACCGUUUGGGGUUAGAAUAUAAUUAUGAUAAUCACCAAUAGUGGUACUAUAUCGUGGAUGAAUUUCCGUAUUGAAACAGCUAUUGUCCAGCCAGGUUGUGUCUGUCUUCAAUAUUUAUUAUGGAAAAGCUGUUAAAGAAAGUGUUAGACCAUGUUUUUAAAUUUUAUCUUUCUACCUUGUUGGACCAAUUGUGUUAGAUAAUAUGGUUAAUAUUGAAACGAAAUAUAUUGUUUAUAUUUGUAUAAUUUUUCUUGUUUAAAUGGUACAACAUCAUUUUACUAUUUAUGCAUAAACACUCAUUCAAUAACAGUGUAGUGGAUGCAAAUUUGCUGUCAGGUUGAUACUAUAUACAUUUAAAUAUGGUAUGUUCUCAUUUACCGUUGCUAGUGCUUUUCAACUCUACGUGAUUUUGACUUUUUAUUUUUUGUUAUUAAUAUUAUAUCUCUACAUGUUCAUUUAUAGGUCGGUGGAAUAGGUCCGUUUCAGGGUGAUCUAGGGAAAUUACUAUGAUAUCAAACUCUUAUGAUUUUAACUCAUCAAUGUCUCUAGUAUGAUAGAAAAAAAGUCCUGAAAGAUUCCCUUCGGAGAAAAAAAUUGAGGCCAUUUCUAAAUUUGGCCUAUUUUUCACCUUUUUUCGCCAAAAAUGAAGAACGAGAAUAUAUCGGUUAGAUGAAAGAAAAUUCAUAUUUUUGAUAUUUUCUUUGAUAUUAGAGUGCUGCAAAUAUAUUAAUUUAUUACACAUAACUCUCUAUCCUACUUUGACAAAAUUAAUUGGCUCUGGUAUUGGCAUCAUAUUUAAAAAUCCAAAAUGGCUGACAAUAUCCGGAUGAAAAAAACCCCCAAAACAUGGUACAAGCCCACUUCGGCCUGGUACAGGUAUAUUAUGAUAAUAUAAUAUAUUGUAAUAAUAUAAUAUAUUAUAACAACAAACUAACACUAAUAUUGCAUAUAUAACGUGUAAUCUGAUAUUGUGAACAAAAUUGUUGGGUACAUACAGAGGAUACAGUUAUUAACAGCAAGCAUUAACAGGAUGGUUAAAUAAUACUUUCUCCAGAGUAGCUCCUAAGCCCUGUAUGCACUUUUCAAUACAAUAAUAAUAAUUACAACAGGUUUAUAUGUGCUUUUAAUACACAAUAUACAUCUUCAGUUAAAUUAAAUGAUGUAUUGCCACAUUGAACUGCUUUCAGUUGCCAUUCAUAGGCAUGUAGCGCGCUUCAUGUUGGAUUUGCCUUCGUCCAGUUGGAUUCCAUUUUCCCCAUGAAUGCCAACUUAAAGCAGUUCAAUACUUCUAUUUACCAUAUUUGGAAUCUGUUCAUUUCAUAGAAAUUUCAAUUAAAUUUACUAUUAUUCAACAUCUAGUUUAAAUAAUGUUUGUAUCGUGUAUGCUUUUUCAAUGAAUAGAACAGCCAUCGCCCAGGGAGGGUCAGUGUUAUCCAAUGUAACAAUUAUGACGUCAUGAUAAUGAUGACAUCAACAAUCGGUCCAUGGCGUUCAUAGCCUAUAUGAUUGCCAACUGAAUUUGAUAGGGUCACAUAUAUAGUGGCAAUGUCAUACGAUGGUAAAUCUUAUACUAUGUCAGUCAAAACUGACAUUUUGUACUAUGAGUCGUUAAAGGAUUUUAAUGUGAUCUAUUAGUGAAAUUCUAGUGAUUUUGUAUUGUAGUUAUAUCAGCAACAUAUGUGUCCAAUAUAUCGGUAGCCUCUACAAUAAGGUAAUUCCUUUAUAAAGAAUGUUUGGUAUGGCUAUACAUAAAUAAUAGUGUCUUGUUUCUCUAAAGGAGGUCAAGUUUUUUACAAAACCUCGAAAACAAGCUAGUAGGGACUACAGUGGAAAUAAGUUUGUGACUUUACUGUGUUGUCCCAGUAAAACAUGUAUUGUAUUGUCCAUGUGAUGUACUUUUAUGUAUUGAUGCAAUGUUUUACCAAAUAAAUCUAUCUAUAUAUCUAAUUGACACGGAGUAAUUGACACGGAGUAAUUGCAGAAUACAUGUCUGUAGAAAGAGAAAGGACUUAAACUUGUUAUCGUUACUUAAUCCAAGACAUUCCUUACUUAAAAUAGGCAGUUAAAACAGCAAUAUGUACCGUCAUUGUCUCCAAAACUUCAGUUUAAUAUUGAUGAAUUCAACCAUUUUUCAUAAAUAGAUAUCAUUCACUUUUCUUGGCACGUGGUUCUUUAAAUAGAACGUGAAAAACUAUAAGGAUUAUAAUAUAGGCUCUUAAAGAGGUUAACCUAUACCUUGAAAGGGACGCUUUCGUAUUUUGGUUAAUAUUGCUCGAUAAACGAUCAAUAUAAGCAGAUAAUUACAUGCGGUUUUGAUUUAAGUUCUUCUCCAAAUUAGUUUCGGAAAAGUAAGUUUCUCAAAAUGAUAUCAAAAUAGAUAGCGUUGCACGGCAUGUACAUUAAGAAAGUUUGUUUUCAAAAUUAUCAUUUUAACUGUCCUUGUGACAAUAAUCAGCAGCCAAUAGAGCCGAUAGACAGUUAAAUUGACAUAAAAGUAUAAUGAAGUGAAAAUUGAUUACAUAAAAGUACUUCUUUGAAUUGCAUGUCCUUGCCCGUUUUCCAUGAAGUGUUCCGUUUUUGGUAAUGUCUCGUGUUUUGGUACUGUCCCGUUUUGGGCACACUGACGUUACUCGAAUAUAAUAUUCCAAACUGAUUGUUCUUGUUGUUGAGUAUUUUAUCAAACGGAUUUGUGCUACUGCUGAUGAAAUUUGUAAUAAAAAGAAUUCUAAUUAUUACUGUAUUAGUGUUUUAUUUCGCUUUUCCAUUCUAACCAUAUUUCAUCCCAAAGUUUGAUAUUCGAUACAAAUAAAAUAUACUUUCUUUGAAAUAGAGAGUCUGCAAUGUUGCUAAGCUGACCAGGAAUAUAUUUCAUUUUAACAAACACUAUUGACAAUAAUGAAAACUCGUGUCAUCAAAUAUGUAAAAGCCUAUACAAAUAAAGAAUGUAUACCG